AAAAAAGUUGUAUUGACGCGGACAACUGCGAUGAAGCGGUCGAGUCGUUUAUCACCGUGAUCGCCUGCAGCCACUUCACCCUCUAGCCACAUCUCAUUUCUUUCUCCUUUGUUCUAGGGUCAUGGAGAAUAUUGAGGUUGGCCCUCAAACGAUAUUUAUUUAGUUGAGUUCAAAGGAUACGAAUCCUACUUGUUCAAUGAGUAUAAGUGGCGCAACUUUAUUGAUCCAUUACUUGCUUGCAAGAACGUAUUCGAAUUCAUUUGGUCGUUCGAUCAGAGCUGGGCUGCUAGUAGACGUCCUGAGUACACUAGCACACAUCCAUGCCUGCGACUUCCACCACGACGGCUCCUUGCUGACGGAUUUUGACCCCGACGAGCCCCAGGAAAAAUUCAUCCAGUCCGUCGCCCAAGCGGAGGAAAAGUGUCAGCAACACAUUGAGGAGGAGCGGGAGCAAACCUGUGAUAGAAGUGCAGACAGCAGUGAUAGCACAGCACAACUCUCAGCACAAGGUCAUCAUCUGCACAACUCCACCUCCGUCAAGUGUAGCAGCAAAACCUCCGAUCCGAAUUUCCAGAACCCCAACGCCACACACUCGCAGAUGGCGUGGGCGCGGUACGGUUUUCGUGGCGGCAAAAUGCCGCCGCCCUUCGAGUCAAGUGCGAAAAUCCGCGGGGCCACCGGUGCGUUCGUCUCGCAGGAACAGGGAGAGGGAGCCGGUGCGCGGGUUCGCCGGUCCAUCGGACGCCCGGAGUUGAAGAAUUUGGACCCGUUUUUGAUGUUGGACGAAUUCAAGGUUGGGCUGCCGGCCGGCUUUCCCGACCACCCGCACCGGGGAAUGGAGACUGUGACUUACAUGUUUCCCGAUUCGCCCGGCAACUUCACGCACGAGGACAGUAAGGGGAACGCCGGCAUUCUGGGCCCCUCGGAUCUGCAGUGGAUGACGGCCGCGCGGGGCAUCAUGCACUCGGAGGUGCCGGAAACCCGCAACGAGGCCCACGGGCUGCAGAUGUGGAUCAAUUUGUCGAAAAAGGACAAGAUGUCGCCGCCCGAGUACCAGGAAAUUCCGGCCAAGGACUUGGCCCGCGCCGAGGCCACGGACGAGAACGGGAAGCUAGUGCAGGUGCAAAUCGCGGCGGGCACGUCGCUCGGCGAGACCAGUCAGGUGCGGACGCGGACGCCCUGCUAUCUCAUCCACGUCAAAAUGCUGGAGAAGGAUGCCGUGUUCCGCCAGAUGAUCCCAGGCGACUUUGUAUCCCGGUGGAACAAAUCAAAAUCUACUUCACUUCUUAGUGCCGUCAUCCGCAUUUUUAUGAUGUCAUGCUGCUACUAUUUCUAUUCUAUCUAUUCUAUUUCUAAAGCGAUAUCGAAUGAAAUGUGGUCAAUGUUGACUGGUCUGCUUUGCCACUGUAAUUUACGAAUCUAUGCGUGCACCACCAGGAGAAAAUAAAACAAUAACAAACCGAAAUCGAGGCUCAUGGUAGAAGAAAAAUCUUGAUGUUGAUUGCGCACCAGGAUACGUAACCGCAUUUCUGUACACGCUCGAGGGGGCGGAGAUCAUCGUGAAGGGUGACGGCAGUUCUAAAAUUGGCGACAAGGUUGUGCAGGGUCACACCACGGUUACGCUGCAGUCCAACCCAGGCGCGGGCGGCAGCGCGUCCGGCGGAGGCAACCUCAAGGCCGCGAAGAACUUGAUGACGCAGGCCUCGAACAAGAAUGCGGACGCCGGUGCCACCGGGAGCUCGGGGGAGGAGAAGGUGGGCAUCGAGAUUCGCGCAAUCCGGCCGGAGUCGCAGUUCGUGGUGGUGGCCGCACGGCCGAUUGGAGAGCCGAUCGUGCAGUAUGGGCCCUUCGUCAUGACCAGCCAGGCCGAAAUCCAGCAGGCCUUUCGCGACUAUCAGAUGGGCACCCACGGGUUCGAGGGCGCGCAACAGUGGUCCUCGAAGAACAAGCAGAGGAUGGGGCGCGGAGGGUUCUAGGACACGCGUUCUAUGAUCCCCUCCUGCAAAGAAAGUUGCUACCCUUUUCGCGCGUUGUUCGCAGAGAAAUGAGCGCUCCAGUACUGCACCGAUAAUCUUUCCUCUGUCCAAUCAAGUGAAUGUGAAAUAGCAAAAGGACAAUGAAAAUAUCCUCUGCUCUAUGUGAUGAUCAAAUAUGAAACUCUCGUCGACGUCGUGACCCGUGACCGAUGCUGACCUUCCGUGUGUGUCGUUGGUUGUUUCGUGGAAUAGAUUGUACGUCGCAAAUUCGCUGCGCCAUCUUUCAAUCGACAUAAAAAAUAUGUAGCGAUAAAAAAUGAGAUGAAGAUUGUUAGUUUUAUCGAAGACAAAAGACGACGCCAGGGUCCGCUGAAAGUCCGGCAUGAAUCGGUGACCAAAAAAGAGGAAAUCAAUAUUCUGUAAGUAGGUGUAAGACUAAGAAGUUUAACGACGGAUUUGCAAUAAAUAUUCGUAAAUGUAGUUUCUCCGUGUGCAGCUGUUCCAUUUGGACAUUUUGCUAGUGAUGCGAAUGAUGUCGAGACCUCCACCAAAUGUUGACCCUUUUUUUGUUUCGCACUGGAAGCACU